AUGAAAUCAAUCAACAAUCGAUUCUAUUUGUAUUUAUCCAAAUGUCAAAAUGAUAUAUUCUGUGCAAUAGCCUUCAAACGUGUCGCUGGUACUGAUGAACAUAUUACAACUGUCACAUUAACGUUACAAAUGCUUUUCUUGACCAAUAUGACAAAUCCGAUGUGCACAACUAAUUUGGGAUUAAAUAAUUGGAAUUUAUUUACUAUUAUUGCUAGUCAAAGCAUUGAACCUAUUUCUGUUCGUCCACUUGCUGCAAUACUAAUUGCACGUCUAUAUCGUUGUUCAGUCGAAGAUCAACGGUUUUUAUCUCGAGCAUUGCCAAUAUUAAUUACUUUAGCAGAACAAUCGUUAGCGCCAAGUUUAGUCGAUCCACCUGGUGCAUAUCCAGAUGAUGGAAAUGUUUUAAGUAUAACAACAGUUUGGAGCGAUUUUGUUGGUUUCACAUUGGAAGAAAAUUUCAAAACAAAUGCUAGUUUUUUCAAUGACUUUUGCGUCAAUAGUGGCGUUAUCAAUGAGUUUUAUUUAGCACCAACAGGUCCAAUGCCAAUAUGUCGUGAAAGACAGCAAUCAAAAUACAAUUAUACUAUUCCAUCUGUAUUUACUGAUAUAUUAUAUACGAAAAAUCCUCGUUAUUGGGGACAAUUUCAAGUUAAUUCAAAAAUAUUUCGAUCAAGCAAAGGUGGUACAUUACUAUUUAAUGGAGAUUUAGAUUAUAAUUCACCAAUGUACACAGCACAUCAAACUCAAAAAUGGUUUCAAUCUGAACAAAUCCGUACAAAAUUAAUCGAAAUGAAAGGUUUAACUCAUGUCACUAGUGCACAAUCGUAUACCAAAAAAGGUGGAUUUCAAUCAACAACAUGUACAGAUCAGAUUAUCGUUCAAUUAUUGUAUCAAAAAGAGUUGAAUUUAGAUUUAGAAACAAUAGAUUACACAUGCAGUUUAAAAGAAAAUUUAAUUGGCAUUGAUUGGUUUUAUUCGAAUCCAAUUGUCAAUCAAACAUUGUAUACAUUAUUGGGUAAUUCAACAACAGAUUAUUGGGGAAUAAAUACAACGAAAGAUGAAUUAGUCGAAUCAACAACAAACCAGUCUGAAAGACUUUAUUUCAAACACAUAUUCUUAAUGUCAUUGAUGAUACUGUUGAUUUGUAUAUCAAUGUCAAUUUGA